AUGACAAGUCAAGAAAGGUUAACUAUCCACAGAGCUCGUUUUCUAGAUCUAGCAACUGCAAAUAUCACUGUUCUAGCAUUUUCACAUGACUCCGAUGUUGCUGGUAGUGAAAAAAGGUUAGAUAAUUUGAAUAAUAUCAACAAUAACAAGAGUAAACUAACUCCAUCAGAUUUACGUUUGGCUGUAGGAAGAUCUAAUGGUAAUAUUGAAAUAUGGAAUCCAAGAAAUGGUUGGUUCCAGGAAUUAGUCAUCCAAGGUGGUAAAGGACGUUCUAUCGAAGGCUUAGUUUGGAGAAAUGUUCCAGGUGAGCCACUAAGAUUGUUUUCAAUUGGUGGUUCUACUGUCGUCACAGAAUGGAAUUUAGCUACUGGUUUACCACUAAAAAAUUUUGAUGGUAAUGCUGGUGUUAUUUGGUCAAUAGCUAUCAACUCUUCAAAAGAUAAAUUAGCAUUAGGAUGUGAUAACGGUACAAUUGUUAUUGUCAAUAUUUCUGGUGGGCAAGGUGUUUUAGAAUAUGAAACUAUUUUGAUGAGACAAGAUGCAAGAAUUCUAUCUCUUACUUGGAAUAAAGAUGAGUUUGUCAUAGGUGGUUGUUCAGAUGGAAGAAUAAGGAUAUGGUCCGUUAACAACAAUGGUAGAAUAACACACACAAUGAAGGUCGAUAAAGCAAAAUCAGAAUCUACAUUAAUCUGGUCUGUAAUUUAUUUACCAGCUUCUAACCAAAUUGUCUCCGGUGAUUCAACUGGUUCGGUCAAAUUUUGGGACUUCCAUUACGCUACUUUGAACCAAUCGUUUAAAACUCAUGAAUCAGAUGUCUUAACUUUAACCACUGACUGUACUAACACCCAAGUCUUCAGUGCUGGUAUUGAUAGAAAAAUUUACCAGUACAGUCAAGUCAAAGACUCAAAAAACUCAAAAUCAGGUGCCAAUAAUAAGUGGACUGUUGCAUCAAAUAGAUUAUUGCAUUCUAAUGAUAUUAGAUCCUUAUGUUCAUAUCAAGCAAAAGGUGCUGAUUUCUUAGCAUCAGGUGGUUCUGAACAAUCUGUUGUUAUCUCAUCAUUAUCUUCAUUCGCCGAUGGUAAUUACAAGAAAAUACCACCAAUUGUACCAUUUAGCAAAAAUUUCUUAAUCAACAGAGAACAAAGACUAGUUGUUAUGUGGUAUGAAUCUACUGUCAAAAUUUGGACCAUUGGUGAUGAUGUCGAAGACGAUAAAAAUUAUAAGUUAGUUUGUAAAUUGAACUUAAAAGAUGAGCAGAAUAUUUCUACAUGUGGUAUUUCGCCAGAUGGUACUGUUUUAGUUGUCGGUAGAUCUUCAACAACUAAAGUCUUCCAUUUGCAACCAAUGGAUUCCAAGUUGAAAGUAACUAAAUUAGAUAACAACUUACUGUUGAAAACUGGUACUAGAUUUGUUAAGUUUAUAGACAAUUCAAAACUGCUUAUUUGCUCUGUUGAAGAUGAAGUGUUUACUAUUGAUUUAGAGUCAGAUGAUGACGAAGAAAUGACUGAAAUAGAGUUACCAGAAAUCCAGCAAACCAAAUCAGGUUUAAAAUUACCAUUUAUUAACAAUAUCAAUAAUAUAGAUAUCAACGGUAAAUAUGCUGUUGUUUCUUACGGUUAUGGUGUUAUUGUUUUGAUAGACAUAGAAACGAAAAGAAGUAGAGUACUGGCAAAUCUAAUGAAUUACGUAACAUCCAUAAUAAUUAAUCCAAAGAGAAAGUCUAUUAUUUCUGUAACGGCUGAUAAUAAGAUCUAUGAAUUUAAUUUAACAAAGCUUGAGGAUAAUGAAGAGAAUAACACAGGAGAAGAUAGUUCUGAAGAACAGUUAUUAUCUGAGUGGUCAAAAAAUAAUACCGACAAUUUACCAAAACAAUUCCAAGAACUAAAGGAAAAAUGUGUUGGUAUAUUUUUAGAUGAGAACAGUCCAUCAAAAGUAUGGUUCUGGACUGUUUCUUGUUUAUGUAGACUAGAUUUUUCUGUUGACCUACCGAUAAGCAAUAGAAAGAAGACUAAAAAGCGUAGCCGUGAUGGAUUGACAAUUACAGAUGAAAGCAACUUUUUGAAUGAUGGGGAAGAUGAGGAUGAAGAUAUGGACAUAGAUUCUAAUGAAUUACCAAGUAUAACGAAUGACAACUAUCCAAGAGUUAAAAACGAUGAUUCUAAAAGAGUAAAUGACGAAGGUGAAGCAUUUUUUAUUACUGAAAAGUACAAGUCAAUUUUAUUUACAGAUUUUAUCUCAAAAGACGAAAUAUUUAUCGUUGAAAAGCCACAACUACUAUCAUCAUCUUCUCAAAAAGGUGCCUUCAAUCUUUCAAAAUUAAGAUUUUAA